GAAACAAGUCCUUAUAUUAAGUUCAGUUACUCCAAUUCGAGCCCAACAGACUUCUAUGAAACUAAUCAGCAAGUUCCUUGAGGUGUGUCGACUCAAAUUCAAAGCAUCACAGGCUGAGGCUGGAUCAUCUAUCUUCGUUUUCCUUCUGGCGUUUUGGUGUGUGGUUGUGGCCAUCGUUGUUAUUACCGACAGAAACUUCAGCUCGCAUCAGAGAUCGCACAAUAGCAGAAAGGCCCUGAAAGGCAACCUUGGAUAAUUGCAGUGCAAUCUCUUAUUAUUUUGAAUCAUAGGCCACGCAUAUGGUGUAGUACAUGGCAACUUUUGAAGGAAAAGUUAGAUAUACUUCACUUUCUAAGCAAGAAAAUCAGAAAAAUAUGUACCCUCAUGUUGAUGACUAUAGUAAUCCCGUAUGGCCUGCAACGAAAGGUGUAACUGCUCACCAUUUAGGCUCAAAGUCUGUCAGAGAAGAUUAUUCUGUCCAGUUUCCAUUUGAGUCUGAAGACUUCAUUGAUGGGGAAUAUGAUUUGAACGAGGAUAAUUGCAAUGCAAUGCAAAUUAAUAAGCCUCCAGAGGUCAACCUGAAAAAUGUUUUAGGUGGUCUAGUUGCAAUUUUGACUGGACGGAGUAAAGGCCCAUCUGUUCCAAUGAAUCAACAACUUCCUAGUUCAAAUGUUUCCUUUCUUGGGUCUGAAAAGAAUGGAGACACCUAUCUACAUUCCUCAGUUUACAUACCAAGCGCCCCUCCACUUUUGGAACCAAGUGGGAUUAACUAUAUUGCAUAUAAAGAGGUGCUGGAAGCUGAACCCCCAGAAUGGCUACCAGAUAGUUCUACUACAGUUUGCAUGCAGUGCACUGCUCCUUUUACUGCACUUACCCGUGGAAGGCAUCAUUGUCGGCUUUGUGGUGGUGUUUUUUGCAGAGCAUGCACAAAAGGAAGGUGCUUGCUACCCGUUAAGUUUAGGGAGAGGAAUCCACAGAGGGUCUGUGAUGCCUGCUAUGAUAGGCUUGAUCCUUUACAAGGAAUUCUCAUAAAUACUAUUAGCAAUGCUGUGCAAGUUGCGAAGCAUGAUGUGAUGGAUUGGACAUGUUCAAGAGGGUGGUUGAACCUUCCUGUUGGUUUGUCCAUGGAACAUGAGAUAUACAAAGCAUCCAACACAUUGAAAAGCUACGGUCAGGUUGCUAGAAUGAAUCCUGAUAGGUCCAUACCUCUAGCAGUUCUGAAGGGAGCCAAAGGUUUGGCAAUAUUAACUGUUGCCAAAGCUGGUGCAUUAGUUGCUUACAAAAUUGGUACCGGUUUGGUUGUUGCUCGAAGGUCAAAUGGAUCAUGGUCUGCCCCAUCUGCCAUAUGCUCUGUUGGUUUAGGAUGGGGUGCACAGAUUGGGGGUGAGCUCAUGGACUAUAUAAUUGUCCUCCAUGAUAUGAAAGCUGUGAAGACAUUUUGUAGUCGCAUGCAUUUUUCACUUGGUGCUGGUUGCAGUGCUGCAGCAGGCCCUGUUGGAAGGGUGCUGGAGGCAGACCUUCGUGCUGGGGAUAGAGGUUCUGGCAUGUGCUACACUUACAGUUGUAGCAAAGGAGCAUUCGUUGGUGUAUCACUGGAAGGGAAUAUAGUUGCAACAAGGAUGGAUGCCAAUCUAAAGUUCUAUGGUGAUCCUUAUCUCACUACAAAUGACAUUCUGCUGGGUACUGCGGACAGACCAAAAGCUGCCCAGCCCUUAUAUGCUGCCCUUGAAGACCUCUACUCUAGCCUGGGGUGUUAGACGCCAGUUACCUCUGCAUAACGUGGGAUGUGAAAUCUGAAGACUCCAUCCGAACGUAACUCCUCUUUGCAUGUGCUUCGUCGCCUUUGGCUGUUGAUAUGUGCACUUGCUCCUGAAUUUAAUUUUAUGAUAAUUUCAUCAAGUUUAUUGGGCCUAUGUUCUUGCAAAAGGAAGACAUUUUCAUGGGACUGUACAUAUGAAUUUAUUAUGAACUUUCAUUCAAUUUAAUUGAUGUUCAUUUGCAUGUAUCCGACCAAUAUGAUUAUCAUAAUGUAAAUAUUCAUACAGUUCAGCAACAUGUA